CACUACGAUGAUAAACUUAAGAAAUAGGUUAAGAGAUUGUAAAAUAGUUUUGUAUAGGAAAUAUACACCCCAUUUGCAGAAAAAUGUAACGCAAUCUAAAAAAAACCGCGCCAUAAAGAAUUAAACGUUCUCCCAACCAUACUAACCACAAUUGCUCAAAACAAGUAACAGAAAAGAAAACAGAUAUGCUAUUUGUUGAGAGAAUUUGAGCUACGAUAAGGUUUGAUUGCCCUCGAAGAGAUAAAAUAAUUACAUUUCUUUCUCGUAUGCCGAAAGACUAAAAGACUACCAGCGUGAAUUAAGAGCCAAAAGAUAAAAAGGAGUAGAUAUAGAAGCGGUUAGACACAGGAACCUGCACAGAAACCUGCCAUACUUGGCGAAAUUUCCAUUUGGAAUCCCGCAUCAUGUUGAAACCGCAUCCUCUAUUGGGCCAAGGCCACUAUGUAACUUUGCAUGGCCUCUUAGAAAUAACUAUACUUACUGUUCUAGUACAAUUUACCUUUACAUAAGGCCAGAAGCAAGUACAAUAAAGGCGAUUCGAAUAAUAGUCACCAGUGCAAUCGACGCUCUUCGAUUAGUAUUAUGUAUUUAUUUUGAUGCUGUUACAAAACUGAUGACAGACUGUCUAGUGUCCCUUUCGCCAGAAAAAAAACCUAAUAAAUAAUGCGAUCACGAGCUAUGUGAUUGAUUAUUGUACGAUCGAAGAAAUAUCUUCCUUAUAUUUCAGUAAACUUAAGCAGAUUCCUUGUUCUGAGUGCAAAGCGGCUAAACUAUCCAUUUCAGCAGCAGACCAGAAAAGAAGAGAGGCAAGUUUAAAAAGAUACGAAAGAAGGCGAAUCAACAUAUUCCACGGACGUAACCAAGUAAACGGGUCAUCACCGAUAAGUUAUCCGGCACAUGGCGUUUCUGUCAUACCGAUGCGUUCUGUGUGGCUAAAAGGGUUACAAGUUGAGUGGUUCAGUCUUUACAAUAUACGGAGCAACAUAAAAUUAAAGUUUCAGAUAAAUGCUACCAGAGGAGUUUUCAACUUGAUUGGCCAUGUACAUGAUGUCGAUGUUACUGGGAAUGGUUCAAAGACGAUAACUAUCUCAACAUACAGCCCGUCCCUGCUUAAUCUUCAGCUCAAGUACAUCGCCUAUGAAAAUACAUUUUUCGAUGCCAAUAUUGUCGAUCGAGUGAUAAUUCAAUUCAUGGAGUUCACUGCAACCAUGCCGAUACACAUUCAACACGUCCAGCUGCCAUGGUUGUUUGAAGAUGGAACAGGGCAAGUCAAGGACAGAGUGACAGUUGUGCUGAAGACAUUUCUUCGUUACAGUAGACUUAAAAAUGCGAUCGAGUCUGUAAAUAGGUUAUAUCCUGGAACAAGAAUAGUUGUUGCUGAUGACACACCUGAUCACCUUUUUACCAGCUUUCAGAGCAGUAAUGUCGAUCACUACCGGAUGCCCGCAUACAAGGGAUAUUUUGCUGGCCGAAAUCUUGGAUUAUCCCAGGUAUGGACGGAAUACUUUUUCUACAUGGAUGACGACAUGAUGAUUACAGAAACAACAAAGAUGGACUUUCUUGUAUCAUUCCUGGAUGAAACCAAUUUUCAUCUUGUAGGUGUGGGAAUCCAGGAUCGGUUAAGUCCAACAACUUACCUAGCUCUCGGGAAUAAGACACACAGGUGCAUUGUUCAGAAACCAGACCCAGGAUAUUACAGUGAAAUCCGCGGAUUUCCUGGGAUAUACACAAACGACGCCGUGUUAAAUAUAUUUCUUGCCUCUACCAAUGAAGCCAAAGCGGUGGGCUUCGAUCCACAUCCAUUACUUGCUCGGAUCGGACACAAUGAGUUUUUCCUGUCCGCUCUUGGGAGGCUCCGUGUGGCAGCUUGCAGCUUCUGUGCAGUCCGUCACGUGAGGGGAGGACCUGUUCCUGGUAACUACUCAAAAUACCGUAAACCUGAGAAACGGUUUAAGGCAAAGCGCAAUAACUACAACCUAUACAUGCAUAACAUUGACUGUGUAAAAACACAAUGGGUUGUGAACAAAGCUAGAAAACAAUAAUCACUUGAUUUUAUUCUAUAUAAUGUACAAGUAACAAUACGCAAACUACACAAUCCAGGUUAUCAUCCCUUAUUCGUAAUAAUUAAUACAUAGUUAUUAUUAUCGGAAUUAACCAGAUCAGUAUUUAUGAUUAAAGCCGAAUUUAAUGUUCAUCAUGUAAGGUCAACACAAUUAGAUUCGCCCUGUAUUGUAGCAUUGGUUAAUUAAAGCAUAUUUCCUAAUAAAUUCUAUGUGUUAAAGUUUACCGUAGUCUUUUUUUGAAGGACCCUUACUCAACAUUUAUUACAAGCGAUGGCACCUCGUAUCUAUCAGCAUUUACGUAAAUUUUCGCCUACAAUAAAUCUUCAUUUAAUAAGUUAAAUCGUGUAUGUGUCAUUAUAUCAUACCCGGGUCGCGAUGACGUUGGGCUCCAUGGCUUCCAUAGAACAAUUCGAAGACGUUUCGCCCCAACCGCGUUCGCCGCUGUCAAAAAUUCAAAUACAGAAUCCGAACGUUGGAACUGAAGUUGUUGCAUUUGGG